CGAACGUCGGCCUCUGCGGCGAUAUCGAUGGGCUCAUUGUUUCAAAAGCCCUUUAUUUGAUAGAACGGUGCUGCUCUUCUGCCCGUUCAUCUUUAACCGUGACCUUAGAUUUGUCCCUGCCUUCACCGAGUUCGUCAAGAUCUCGAAGAAUUAAAAUUCCGCUCAUUCCGCAACACUCACAGAACAGCAUGACUACGAACGGCACCAGAGGCGCUGCCUCCCCUCCACCAGCAGGCAUCUACGUCCCAGUGCCUACCUUCUUCGCAAAGGAAGGCAGCGCCAACUACGAUGAAGUUUCUCCACCGAUCGAUAUUGAGACCCAAUCCGAGCACUCCCUCUUCUUGGUGCGAGGCGGCGUGAAGGGUCUCGUCAUCUUGGGCAGCACAGGCGAGGCAAUCUUCGUGCGAAACUCCGAGCGACACGAGUUGAUCAAGAGCCAAAGAAAGACAUUAGACGAUGCUGGGUUCAAAGACAGACCGAUCAUUGCUGGCACAGCAACGCAGAACAUUGACGACACGGUGGAGAUGAUCAAGGACAGCCAAGAUGCAGGUGCAGAAUACGCCAUGGUGCUCGGACCCGCGUACUUCGCUGCAGCAACCAGCCAAGCUGGUAUUCAGAAAUGGUUCGAAGUGGUCGCAGAUCGCUCACCUAUUCCAAUCUUGAUCUACCACUACCCAGGCGUGACGAACAACCUGUUCAUUGCUCCAUCGACAUUUGAGAAGCUUGCCGCACACCCAAACAUUGUUGGCUGCAAGCUGUCACACGGUAUCAUUGACGACCAGACUUUGAUCGCCGCCUCGCCAAACAUCGACCACGACCACUUCUACGUCUUCACCGGUCUUGGCCAGAACCUUCUUCCAGUGUUGACUAUUGGUGGCGUUGCCGCCAUCGACGGUCUGGCAGGAUGUUUCCCACGAGUCGUGGUCAAAUUGUUCAAGCAGUUCCACGAGAGCUCCGCCAAGGGAACGAGCAAGGAAGAUCUUCAACUCCAGCGUGAUUUGCAAUUCCGCAUCUGCGAGGGCGAGAAGCUCAUUGCCACUUGGGGUCCCGUUGGUAUGAAAGAGGCGAUCGCCCGUGUCUGGGGUAUCGGCAGUGGCAAGGGUAACCGUUUGCCACUAGCUGGUGGUUUCCAAGAUGGUGACAAGGAAUGGACCAAGUGGGAGAAGGUGUUCAACGGCCUCCGUGAUUUGGAGAAGCAGUUUGAGGCUGAGGACAACAAAUAAGGGCUAGAAUAGAUCGCCUGUACCGAAUUUUUGGCGCACCUUCACAUCAGACCGGAUCUCGUCUUCCAUGUGCUGAUGGAAGUAUCAGGUACUGUAUUGUUUCGUCACGCCGG